CACGUGAUUAAUGGACGCCCCCUAAGAAGAAACAUCACACAUACUACGAAUCGCAAGCUUAUCGUUUUACUCGCGCUUCACAUCCACACCAGAUAUACCCAAGAGUGGGAAGCAAUAAUAUAAUCUUUGUAUAUAUAGGCGCACGGGAAAUCCAUUGUGCAUUUGCUCACUGAACGAACUGAGGAGAUUAUAUAGCUCGUUUUCGCAAAUAUUUAACGGACUUAAAUAAAACAACAGAAAAAACAAACAUCAAUAGUUUUCCAAUAUAUUCAGAUAAUUUACUGAACGCCGUCUAUUGAAAUAGGUCGCGUGUGGACAAUUAAUUUGAAGUAUCGAUCGCCAUCAACCCACUUUGAAUACACAAGCUAUACCAUAAAACCCAUAUUCUUUCCAUCCAAAUAAUUUUAUUGUGAGUCAGUUAUUUCAAGUGUUGUGUUUGAAUUCCAACACAGUCUAUAGAAUGCACAAAAGCUUAAGUUUCGCCGGUCAGUCGCUGAAAUCCCUAGCGACCGUUGGACAGAAGGCCACCAAAAACGUGGUCACAGGACAAUUUGGCAGUACUGUCGCUGUUCAUAAAUUGAGGGAAUCGAGAUGGUUCAACGCUGAUGAGUGUCGUCUGUUGUGUUCUGUUUUAGAAACUGGAUUCAUUGUGGAAGUGGUUGAUAAGGAGAAAACUUCCAAAUGGUAUGGAGUCGCAUUGUGGAAAUCCGGGAAAGGUGUAGCUGGCAAAUCACAAGAUCCCGACCAUUUGUUCAUAUACACAUUGACUGAAAAUCUUCGUGCUGUCCGAAAAUUAUCCUUACAUGAAAUUUGGAAUGAUGGAAAUGAAAUCAGAAUUAAUAAUUUAGGAGAUAAAGAAACAAAAGUUCACACAGAGAAGGACAUUCGUGACCAGGUGAAGUACGCCAAAAGUACGAAACGAUUAAAUUGGCACAAUACCAAACAUUUUUCAUUGUGGUGCAGACACGGCGACAGGCCGAAGGACCUCAGAAAGAAACAGGUUAGUGAGUGCAUUAUGUGGGGAAGCAUGAAUGCAUCGUUCGUGAUUAUAAACAAUCAGAGGCAGAGAUCAAUAUCAGCUAAUAAGUGAAAUUUUAAAUUCACAAUUAGGUUUUAAGUAUUUUUUUGAAUCUAGUCAAUAAUAACAUUACUAUCGUUUUACCGUCGAUAA